UCGGCCAGUUUACAUUGAAAAUUUUCUUUAUUUUGCAACAAAAAUGUACUAUAAAGACGAAAUGUAUUUAUUUAGUAUUUUGGUAAUUUGCUCAUCAAUUUCAAUGCCAGAGGCGUUUGACUUGCAUUCAUUAGACUAUAUCGAUGAAAUAAUAUCAUUUGUUACUGAGAGUUCUUCGGAUGAAACUGCCGGCCAACAAUUGGAUCAAUUGAAAAUUGAUAAUGAGAAAAAUUACGCCAAGAUAAUUAAUGAAUAUUUUACGGAAGUUCCACAUUUGAAUGUAACGGAUGAAGAGUAUGAGGAACUAGAAGGACUGAUUGGAAAAAUUGAUAGAGCUUGGGAACAAUUUGGGACCAAAGACUUAACGGAUGAUGACAAGAAUAAACUGAGUGAUUUGCCUGAGACUCUUAGCCAGCUGUAUAAAAUUUAUGUAGGCGAUGGUGCUGACAAUAAUUUGCCCACUCGCAUUGCCGAUGAUAAACGUCCAAAUAUAUGUGAAAUAAAAAGUAAUGAACAAUUACGACUGCGUAAAUUACAUCAAUCUGUAAUUUUAUCUGAGCUUAGAGGAUAUAUUUUGAAUCUCAAGUCAUCGGAUGACGUUGAAAAAACUACAGCACGCGCUAUUUUACAUUCAGAAGAGUAUAUUUUAGCAACAAAAAAUGCGUUUAAAGUAACUACAGAUUUCUUCCGUCGCUGUGAUCCACCAGAACAUAUUCGUGGAAGAACAUUUUCGGAAUUUUUGGGUCUUUUUCAAGGAGUUAUUCUCAAUAAUGCACAGACAAAUAGUAAACGAUGCUCAAGAUCAUGCAGUGGUGUCAAUUACUCCCGUAUCAACAGGUGUUACAAAAUACCUGACAACGAUGAUGGUUACAUAACUAAUUGUCAUGCAAAGAGUUGCAAUGGAAUACUUUAUGAUUGUGUCGGCACUGGGGAUGCAUAUGCUUGUGAACUGGAUGAAAAUUCUAUUAGACGGUAUCAGUGGGCCGUGCGAAAAGACAAUAGACGAAUACUCGGCCCAUCGGCGGAUUCUUGCGAGGGAAAGAGAGUUUUCAUGAAAGAGCGUCAAACUCUGUUUGAUUAUUGUCCAACUUGUAUGUGUACUUGCGCUGAGCAAGACGGCAAGUCUACUGCUAUUAGGACAAUUAGUUUGAUACCACAAUAUGCAGACAUUAAAAAUAAUAUGAUAAUUACUGGAGUACGUUUUGUCAACAAAUAUCAAUUAUUCCAUGUUCAAAUUGAGCAAAGUAAAUUAGGACCUUAUGGUGAAAUAGUACCAGGGACAUCAAAGUGGAAAAAAUUGUCCCGAUUUUCUUAUGAAAAAAAAGACGAUGGCGGUUUUAUGAUAAGUAAUAAAAAAGGUCAACGAAAAUUAUUUAAUAAUAUAGAUUUUAAAUUUAUUACCCAUGAUAGCAGAACAAUAAAUAUCGAUCAAUUAAAAACACCAAAGGGUGAAAUUAUUGUUGGAGUAACUUUUGUUUAUAACAAAGAAACAAAAACUGUUGAAUUACAAAUUCUUUCAUGGCCGUUUGAUUACAAAACUGGUAAACUAGAAGAUCCCGUUGAUUUGGAGGACGAGGAUGCUGAUUUUGAAAAUGAUUGGAUAAAUUGGGAAAAUACACCAAGACGUUCGAGUGAAUACGAUAGAAAGAGGCGUUAUCUGAAUUUGUUCGAAUUGGAUGAUCCCAUAAAAUCACCUAAAAAUCCACCAUAUUCAGAUCCCAAUGAAGCACUCAAAAUACGAGCUACUGGUUAUGGACUAGACAUGGCCCAACACACUAUUCCUUAUAUUGAUUUACAGCCGGUAGCAUUACCAGAUCUAAAAGCUCCGCUUAGUGGAUUGGAAUUAAUUUACCGAAGACAAAAAGGUUAUGGAGGUUUUUUGGGUUUUAAAAUACGCGGAUACGAUUUUACUGAAUUUUUCGGUAGUGAAAUGCCACAAGAUGACUUGGAUAAAUACAAAAAUGAUUUUGAUGAAGAUAUUGUCUUUGAUAUACCAACUAAAUCCAAUUAAUUAUAUUUUUCUCUAUAAUUUUAUAAUCAUCUUGACUUUGUUAAUUAUUAUUAUAAUUAAUUUAAAUCAAUUCAUAAACAAAAUUCUGUAAUGAUUUUUGGUUGAGUAAAUGAUCAAUUAUUUCG